CAGCUGCUACUGCGUGCGCGUGCUGGUGGUCUGUGGUGUGUGUUGCACCCACGAUCUUCCACACACGCACAGAUCAGCGGGCAGAUGCGAUCUGCUUUGCAUCGCGAACCGUGCGAAGUCGGGAAAGCACACAGAAUCGUAAAUCAUCGGCAUCCGGACGUCAAGCAUUCAGCUCACUCACUCUAUCCAUCCAUCCAUCCAUCCAUCCAUCCAUCCAUCCACCCACCACUCCCUGCUAUUCUCACUCAGACGUGACGUGACGCCGACACUGCGAGCGACCGAAGAUGACCUUCGAUUUGGCCGAGUGGGCGACGCCUUACGCUAUUCAAGCAGGUCUGCCGCUCCUGCCUGCCCAUCUGAGCACCAUCAUCCGCAGUCUCGCGCUGUGGACAACCUUGCAGCUCCUCUCUUCCCUCGUCUCUCCCUACAUCUUCCCCAACACAUAUCCCAAACUCAAGAGGAGCACGAGGAUAUCGUGGGACGUUCAUUUUGUCGCUUUGGUGCACGCAGCCAUCAUCACCCCGCUCUGCGGAAAAGUGUGGUGGGAUGUAUACCAGCAUGGCGGCCUGAACGGCACUCACCCCUUGGCGCUGAGGAGGGUGUAUGGAUACACUUUCGAGGCCGGACAAGUCUAUGCCAUCGCCAUUGGCUACUUCAUCUGGGACACUGUUGUCUCCAUCCUCUUCGAUGGACCGGCCUUCGUAGCCCACGGAGUCGUCGCGCUCACCGCAUUUGUGCUUGUCUAUCACCCAAUCUUCAUGUAUGAUGGAUUAGGCUUUCUCCUGUGGGAGCUCAGCACACCUUUCCUCAACAUCCACUGGUUCCUAGACAAGCUCGGCAAGACCGGAAGCAAGAUCCAGCUCAUCAACGCCGUUUUCUUGCUGUCCACUUACGUGAUCGCUCGCUUGACGUUUGGCGUUUACAACUCCUACUCGUGGUUCAUGAAUGUCAACUUCCCUGCCACGCCGCACGUGCCGCCCAUUCCCAUCUCUUACCGGGUCUUUUACACCCUCGGCAACAUCACCCUGAACAGCCUGAACUUUAUUUGGUUUAGAGCCAUGAUUCGCGCAGUGCAAAAACGAUUCACAGCCGCACCGGCUGACGGGUCCAACAAACUCGACGCCAAAGCGAUUGCCGAGGGCAAACAGGGCGUUCAGGUCGGAGUGACUGGCAAGGACGAUUCGCAAUUUGAGAGGGAAGCCGGGGUGGGAAAGUACUCUCGGCCCGACAUUGGUAGCUAUGGUGGAGAGAGGGAAGCUAGAUGGCGCAAAGUUGCCAAAUCGGCCGAAUAAGCUUGAGCCCAGCGCGUCGUCGAUCCUGCAACCAUCUAGACUCCGAUCCACCGCACGUGCUUUUGCGGAGGACGUCGUUUCGGGCACAGCUCCAACAGACAUCUCCCCUUUGGAGCGCAUACGACAGUCCGGCACAAACCGGCCUCACACCCGCUUCCACAUUUCAUGGAAUUCAUUGCAUUUGACAUUCACGCUCGUCGGCUUACAAGGAGUGCCUAGUCCAAACGAAACGUGCAGGUCCGCAUCGAGGAGCCGAUAAGAAAUGGUCAGCGGCCUUCAGA